CUAAAUUUGAGACAGAUAUCUUACCUUACACUUUUCCUAAUUUUGGUUUCUUUAAUUCCCUUCAUUUUUUUAUAUCUUGGUUGUACGUAGAACAUUCGGGGGGCAUGCACUGGGCAUAACCCUGGCUUGUGUACCCCAGUGCUAAAUCAGCAGGUGGGUUUUGAUAUCUCUGGAUCUUUAGCAAUUUUAAAACUUUUUAUAGUUGUAAUGGAUGAGAAAAUCCCUGCAAUCUGAUUGGUUGAGAGCAAUGCAAAAAUUUUACUGGGCUGCAUGAACGAUAUCCCGAUAAUCAAAACGCAACGAUAUCCACUGUAAACAAGCAAUCGUCCGAAAAGGUCAUUGUGAUGUCAUCGCGCAUGCACUGUUACCGUCGCUUGUUUACGUCAAAAUUUGAAUUUCGAUCAAAGCAGAAUGAAUCAAAGGAUGCAAAAUGAUCUAUUCCCAUUCAGCCAUUGGACUGAACCGGUACCAAGACCGGAACUGUAACACAGUAAGGAUGGUCAAUAUGAAGCGAGCUUCAUUGAAUUCCUCCAAGAGCUCUGUACUCUGUUCUGAUCAUUUUGAAGAUGCUUGCUUUGACCUGGGCAGACGAUACGUCUUAAACAGGAUGCUGUCCCAACCAUAUUUGAUUUCCCGCCUCGUCUUCAGAAGAAUUCACCCAAACCAAGGUAUUUCCCAAAAGACUUUUCGAUUCAGCAAACAACCUCCCAGAUACUGCAAAGACACCAGUGCCAAAGUCUUCAGCACCUUAAUUUCUCGAAGACCACUCCUACUGAAUACCAGAAAGUCCAAGAGGGGUAAAGUGGAAGUCAACAACAAUAAUGGACUGUAUUAAAACUUGGAGAAGAGGCUGAAAACCACACAGAAGUCCUACCUUAUACAUUACUUGCUUUUAAGUUUGGACAAACAUUGAUUUGCACAACUUUACAACAAAAAAUUUACGCUGUGUGGAUUCUGAUUAUUUAAAAUAGCUCAAUGAAAACGUUUAUCACUGGGCAUGUAACAAAAAUGAAUUCAUUGAAUUUGAAGAUGUCUUACAGUAUAUUCAUUCUGAUUUGAAUGACAGAAGAGAAAAAAGUUUGUGAAAAGUAGGAAUGACGGCAAGCUGACAGAAGAAUAGAAUACAUGUAGGAUAGAACAAGGCCAGAGUUAUAAAUGAGCUGUUGGAUAGAGACAAAAAGAUGAAUUAAGAAUGGGGGUGAUAGAGAAAUAGAGACAGGAAUUGGGGAGCCUGUGAUGAAUGCCUGAGAAAGUAAAAGUUACCAUAUUUUAUUUUUUUAAGGAUUUGAACAGUCAGGAAGAAUGUGGUCUUUUUUCUGUUGUUAUUUCUCAAAAUACUGGUAUGUUUUGUGUACAGAAAGGGGUAUAAUCCUUUGCAAUAAUCACUCUCACAGAAAAUAUUAACUAAUCAAAAGAAAAGUCAAAUAUUUCACUGAUUUACAAUUGUUCGGUCACUCUCAUAUCUAAAGUUACCCCCCCCCCCCAUCAUUUCAAGGUAUUGGAGAGAGAGGUUGGGCAGGACAUGGCUGUCAGCAGAAAAAAAAUGCAGGGUGGGGCAAAACAAUUUUGGGAUAUGUGC